CUCUUUCACUCUCGCGAGAGAACAAAGAAAGGCGCGGACACGGUCGCGUCGAGAUAACCGAGUCGCUUCCUCGCCCGCGCCGCGUUUUCGUCGGCUCGUGCGCGUCGUGCGUGAUUCCGAAUGAACGCGACGACCAGCCUCACCUGACCCGGCGAACCGAAGAGAAAGAGAGAGAAGAGAGACGCCGCUACCGAUCACUGCCCGCACGCGAGUGCAAGAAGGUGUUUUACCGUUAAGUUAUAAACCGUCUUUCGCGCGUCCCCGAUGAGACGGUAGUGACGGAUGGAUUGGUGGCGACCGCCGAUGGAUUUUCGGCGGGGAAACCGGCUGUUGCGUAUCACGUUUACGUACGCGUCGCAUCGGAACGUAGCGCGUCGUCGCGGGACGACACGUCAUCGCCAAGAGUGCCGACUAUCAGCUUCGUAGCGGUCGAGGAAUAAAUCGGCGCGCGAGUUCCGUAUCCUCCUUCCCUUCUCGUCGUCCCGAAUGAACCACCGGCUACUUCGGAACGUCGCGCGUUUCGCUCCUGUUAUCGGCCGUUACUGUUGUGCCGUUUGUUGUUGUUAUUAUUGUUGACCCCUCGCGCAUUUAUAAAGUGAGAAUAAAGUGUGCCACGUGUGUGCACACGAUGCAUCAUCAUCACUGAAGAAUUUUCCCUCUGUGUCUCAUCGAGUACAACGAGAUACGUAACGCCGUAGAUACUGUGUGACUUUCGGCGGACGUACCGAACCAAGCGGGGAACCACGCAGGAAGGAUGUAUCCCAGCGCCGGAAUCAACGCAGCCGCCGUGGCUGCCGCCGCCGCUAGGCAUCCGGGUCCACCGCAGCCUGGGCAGCCGUUCAAAUUUUCGGUAGGCGAGUCCUGCGAUCGUAUCAAGGAGGAAUUCAAUUUCUUGCAAGCUCAGUACCACAGCCUUAAAUUGGAGUGCGAGAAACUGGCCAGUGAAAAAAUAGAGAUACAGAGGCAUUACGUGAUGUAUUACGAGAUGUCGUACGGGCUUAAUGUGGAGAUGCACAAACAGACGGAAAUAGCGAAGAGGUUGAACGCCAUCGUCGUACAGAUCCUACCAUUUCUUUCUCAGGAGCAUCAGCAGCAAGUAGCCUCGGCACUCGACAGAGCCAAACAAGUGACCAUGACCGAGCUGAACACUAUUAUCGGGCAACAGAGGCCGGAUUUGCCGAGACUUCUGCAACAGAUGCACGCCCAGCAGCUGCCACCGGGCGCGGCGAUGGGACCGCAUCCGGGUAUACCCGGACUUCCUGGUUUGGGCCCCGGCGCGGGUAUACCGGUCCCCACCUCGGCAUCCGCGGCCCUUCUCGGUUUAGGCCUUCCCCCAGGAGCGGCUGCUACCCCCGGAGGUACAGCCGCGCAUCCUCUGUCGAUGCUGACGAAACCGGAACUGCAUCGCGGUCAGCCCGACGAUCUUAAGCCUAACGGAGAUUUCACUCACGAGGAAAGAGUUUAUCUUAAUUCGCAUAAGCGAUUAUUGAAGAGGCGCGAUAAAAUAAAAAAGGAGGUCGAUAAAACUAGAGUAUUCAAGGGUAUUCAAAGGAACUCGAUAUCGCCGGCGGAGCGGGAGAAGUAUAGACCGCGCAGCACGCCCGAUCCGCAGCACGAACACUUGCUCGGGAAAAAGCUGAAGAAGGAACAGGAUAAGGAUAUAGGCCAUCAAAGCGAUGGUGAAAAGAGCGACCAAGACCUGGUGGUCGAUGACGCGAGCGAGGGUCCGACCAGCCCGGCGGCAAACGGCACGGCAUCGCCACGAGAGAACGGUCUCGACAAGUUGGGACCAUCCUCGGUGCCUCUGAGCGGCCAAGUCAAGAAGGAGGUACCCCCGCCAUCGCCCAGAAGCGGCACCAGCAGCAACGCGAGCACACCUUCGGCCAAAAAGAUGGAGGAGCGCGAAAAACCGACGACACCGAUCUCGAAACCGGUCACUCCGACGUCGGCAGGUGGCAGUAGUUCCGGUUCCGGUGGCCUGAAACCAUCGAGCUCUAGCAAACCGUUAGUUUCCGCUUCGGUAGUCGGCCCUUAUCCACCGCACUAUCCGCCACCGCAUCAUCCGCCGGCGGGACCUCACGUGGACAUGUUGGGUUAUCCUCCGGCGGCGCUCAACGGCGGUUACCCCACGAGACCACCUCUUCAGCAGCUUUACGAUCCACACGGCAGUAUGAGAGCACCGCUUGGACCGAUAAUUCCUCCGGGCGGUAAACCUGCAUACAGUUUCCACGUGUCCAGCGAAGGCCAGAUGCAGCCGGUACCAUUCCCGCAGGAUGCUCUGAUCGGCCCGGGUAUUCCGCGUCACGCCCGCCAAAUAAACACACUAACUCACGGUGAGGUAGUCUGUGCCGUGACAAUCUCGAAUCCCACCAAAUACGUCUACACAGGAGGCAAAGGUUGCGUCAAGGUGUGGGACAUCAGCCAAGGAGGUAGCGCCAGUGCGAAACCUGUCUCCCAGCUUGAUUGCCUGCAACGGGACAACUAUAUCAGGUCGGUGAAAUUGCUGCCGGAUGGCAGAACUCUAAUUGUGGGAGGCGAGGCGAGUAAUCUCAGCAUCUGGGACUUGGCAAGUCCGACACCGAGAAUCAAAGCUGAAUUGACUUCCUCUGCACCGGCGUGUUACGCCCUAGCCAUUUCCCCAGAUUCGAAAGUCUGCUUCAGUUGUUGCAGCGAUGGCAAUAUAGCCGUGUGGGAUUUGCAAAAUCAAACCUUGGUUAGACAAUUCCAAGGUCACACGGAUGGUGCGUCGUGCAUCGACAUAUCCGCAGACGGUUCGAAAUUGUGGACAGGAGGUCUCGAUAACACGGUACGCUCCUGGGACUUGAGGGAAGGCAGGCAACUCCAGCAGCAUGAUUUCACGUCACAGAUAUUCUCCUUGGGAUACUGCCCCACCGGUGAAUGGUUAGCUGUGGGUAUGGAGAACUCGAAUGUCGAGGUGCUCCACGCUACGAAACCCGACAAGUAUCAAUUGCAUCUGCAUGAAUCUUGCGUGUUGUCGUUACGCUUCGCUUCGUGCGGCAAAUGGUUCGUCUCCACCGGCAAGGACAAUUUACUUAACGCGUGGCGCACGCCAUAUGGUGCCUCGAUUUUCCAGUCGAAGGAGUCGUCUUCGGUGCUUAGCUGCGAUAUUUCUACGGACGACAAAUAUAUCGUGACUGGAUCCGGCGACAAGAAAGCUACCGUCUACGAAGUCAUGUAUUGAGCCGUAUAUGGGCUCGACGUUUGGUCGACAUUUUGAUAUACAACAUUUAUUGAAGUUUCUCGUGGCGCAAAGUGUGAUUAACUUAUGACGGAGGAAUUGAAGAAAUAAAAUAUAUUUCUUUUUUAUUUUUCAAACGUGACUUCAAGAAGUUAAUUAUGAAAUUUGACAAGACUUGGUCGAUGUACUAUGGUCGCUACAUUCGACGGAAACCGAAUUAAAUUUCACGUUUCUGUAAUCCCAAGAAAAUCUAAAUUAUAACUAAGGGCUAGCAUCUGGGAGCUAAUAAAUUAUGGGGUAUAUAAAUAUAAAUAUAUAUAAAUAUAAUAUAUUAUAUAUAUAUUAUAUAUAUAUAUAUAUAUAAUAAAAAUUACAGCAUUUAGCUGUGUAAGAUUGUAUAGAGUCUGUAAUCGUAAGUAGGAUGAAGCGAAUGGAAUAUGUGAAAAAGAGAGAAAGAGAGAGAAAAAGAGACCGUGUAUGAGUAACUUCCGUCUCUUUUGAGGCGAUAAUAAAGUCGCUUGUGUAAUACGUUACUGAUGUAAUAUAGAAUCUUUAUAAUUAGGUCCUUUUGCAUUUGAUUGUGAAGUAAACGGAGCGGAGAAUUGAGCGCAUUUCGUCGGGCGAGAUCGUUCUUUUGCGGUAAAACGUCGCAAUGGCAAAACGAACGCCACGAUGAAAUACCUGAAUACGUACGGAAUGCUGAUCUAGUGUUGUAGACUUGUCAAAGUAGGGAUGUAUGUUGUGUCGCAGAAUUAUACAUAAUAUAUUGAGCACACAUAUAGACAGAACGUUUACGUCAUGUAGCGGAGAAAUUGUAGGGCUAUGAGAAACUGAUAAAUAUCGAUCACAUGCUAAACAGUGUUUUGAACGUACAUCAUGUACAUUCAGUCGUCGAAGCCAGCGAUAUGUGAUCUUUGACAUUUCUACCACCGACAAGAGGAAUAAUUUGUACUUAUUACACCUUCAGUUUUAAAUACGAUUCUUUUGUAAUUAUAUGGCACUGUUGCGUCUGCCGUUAAGAUUUUAUUGUAAUUGAGAUUUUAUAAAACGUGUCGAGAGAAGGAUGGUGGACGAAAAGAAAACGAAAAAAAGAAACAGACAAGCGAAAGACUUUUAAAAGUUUUGCGGUAAUUAGAAAAUUGGCUUUCAUAUGCCUAUUACGAGCGGUAUCGAAUACAAAUAGGAACUCUAUAAGUUGCGCCGCACGCGUACGGAUACAAUGUACAUUGUUUGCGAGUCUUGACUGCCAUAAUAAGGCAUACUACGCACAUGCAUAUUAUGCGUAAAACAAACACGAGCGAGCGGACCACGUUCGUGGGCGGAUUUUGCAAAAUAUUCGAUAAAGUAUUUUUGUGACUAUUCAUCGUGACCCUAGACUUAAACAUCGAGCAAAACCGAUCGAGCGUGAUUGACCACGCACGCAUCUGCAUCCGACGAUUUGCAGAGGACGGGACGAUACAAAAACGAAGCGAAACACUUGAAUUCUUACAUCAGUACCUUCGGUGCAGAUUACAAGACCGGAGGUGUGCAUCUGAACUUUUUAGGGUACUAGCUAGCAUUUAUUAUUCGGAGGCCGUAUGGUGAAAGCGGGUGAUGCGUAAUGGAGAUUUAUAUUUUGUUACAGGAAGGCACACACACACCACCAUACACACACACACACACACACACACGCACACGCACGCACGCAUACACGUUAACAUCACUGUGAUUGUCUGAAAUUCAUCUGAAAUGCCAUGAUUAUAACUGCCGCGACAAGAAUUCUGCAUAACAUGGUUAAUAUUUAUCAGUUACAACAUGCGAAUCGAUGAAUCGUCCUAGAGAACAUUACUUUUAAAAAUGUUAAAGUUACAUCUUUGAGACAUUUUUUGAGCAUGCUGUUUGGAGACUCAAUUUUGGACAAUCACAGCCCCGUUCAUAUAUAGACCAAUAGAAACAACGAUACCUCAAGAAGACUCAAUAGUUAAUUAUCUCUAACUCAUCGACUUGUACAGAAUCGAUAUUCUUUUACAGUUGAAUAACACACGUACCAUGGAAAAAAAAGCAUUACGCGUGACAAAAAGAUCGCUUAGCCGCGAUAACGAUUGUGCCCUGCCUUUUCCCCCAAUCUUCCCUUUCCUUCCCCAUCCGGAAAUCGUAUACCGUAAUACGUUGAAUUGCGUCUCCGUGCUCGCAUUUUGCACUCCGCGAAAGCGUACGAAAGCCGCCGUGGGAGAGAACAUACGUUCGUAAUAAACGGAAGACAGGCAGCGUUAAUCUUUUUCCAAGCACUGUUCAAGUUGUUCCUAUAGCUACGCGAAAAUUGUUUCUUUCGGCAAUUAAAAUUCUCUAUAUCUAUA